CGGGCGGCGAUGCCGCUGGAGGCGCAGGACGCGGUGUACGUGGCGCUGGAGCUGGCGCUGGCCGCUCUGUCGGUGGCCGGUAACGUGCUGGUGUGCGCGGCAGUAGGCACCUCGAGCGCACUGCAGACGCCCACCAACUACUUUUUGGUGUCGCUGGCCGCGGCCGACGUGGCCGUGGGGCUGUUCGCCAUCCCCUUCGCCAUCACCAUCAGCCUGGGCUUCUGCACCGACUUCCACAGCUGCCUCUUCCUCGCCUGCUUCGUGCUUGUGCUCACGCAGAGCUCCAUCUUCAGCCUCCUGGCCGUGGCCGUCGACAGAUACCUGGCCGUGCGCGUCCCGCUCAGGUAUAAGAGUCUGGUCACUGGGGCCCGAGCGAGAGGAGUUAUUGCUGCCCUCUGGGUCCUGGCGUUUGGCAUCGGCCUGACGCCGUUCCUGGGGUGGAACAGCAGAGAAAGAGCCAUCAACUGCACGGAGCCGGGGGACAGAGCCGAGAACGUGAGCUGCUGCCUCAUCAGGUGUCUCUUCGAAAACGUGGUGCCUAUGAGCUACAUGGUGUACUUCAACUUCUUCGGCUGUGUCCUGCCCCCGCUGCUCAUCAUGCUGGCCAUCUACGUCAAGAUCUUCCUGGUGGCCUGCAGGCAGCUGCAGCGCACAGAGCUCAUGGACCACUCGAGGACCGUCCUCCAGCGGGAGAUCCACGCGGCCAAGUCCCUGGCCAUGAUUGUUGGCAUUUUUGCCCUAUGCUGGCUGCCAGUCCACGCCAUCAACUGCGCCUCGCUCUUCCAGCCAACCUGGGCCAUGGAGAAGCCCAAGUGGUCGAUGAACUUAGCCAUCCUCCUGUCGCACGCCAACUCGGCCGUCAACCCCAUCGUCUACGCCUACCGGAACCGAGACUUCCGUUACACUUUUCACAAAAUCAUUUCCAGGUACGUCCUCUGCCGGACGGACAUCCUCAAGAGCAGGGAGGGGCAGGCAGGGUCUCAGCCCACUCUCCAGCUGGGCCUAUGACCCAGGCUCUGGCCUCUUCCAGGA